AAGGGGAGGUGUGGCACUAGACAAGGAUAUUUAAUACCGCAACACAGUAACACAAKGGGUAAAGUUGUGGAAGUAAGGGAAGGAAUUCGUACACAGAAAGGUAUUGAAUUAACUGGCUUGGUUYKAGSSRGAGAAAGGGCGGAGACGCGCUUCUUGAUGGCUGUCUAAAUUUGAGCACUAUGAAACAAGAAAACUAGCAGACAGAAGGGAAAGUUUUAAAAAAGGAAAGAAAACGUUAUUGCUAUUCGGUGCCUGUCUGUUGCUUCUCUACUGAAUAUGGCAGGGACACGUACAAGAAGAGGGGCUGGUUCGGAACAGUCCCGAACUGCGAGGGCAGCUGCUCUUGCUGAUGAGUUGCACCAUGAAUGCAUUCUCUUAUUGGAACUUUAUAGAAAAAAGGAGUCGUUUGCCGAGGAACUCACCGUCGGCGGGGAGCGCCUGGUGACCGUGCCACUGCUCUCCUCCCAGCUCUCGCCGAAUGACAGGUUGUGGCGCCUCUACUCCGCCCUGCUACAGUGCCGGAACCUCCUGGAGCGUGCCAUUGGCCUGGAAGAGGGGGUGGGAAACGGCGGGGACAGGGCCCAAUACGAAAGCCAGAAGAAAACAGUGAGGGACCGGCUGGGGCACCUGAUAGCGAGCACACGGCUCCUCCUGGAGGACGGAGCUGGAACUGCAGCCUUCACUCCUGAUCCGAAGAAUACUGAGAAAGAUAGUCCGGUGAACGGCAGCCCGUUUGCGCUAAAGCUCUGGAUCUACCGCAUCUUCAACGAGCUGGAGCACUGGACGCUCACCGCCUCCAAGACCCUGAAGGCCCUGCACCCCGACGGAGCCGCCCCCAAGGAGCGCGGAACGAGGGGGAGGCCAAGAGGGAGGAGGACCCGGAGAUGAGAUAGUAGAGAUUGGAAGAAGUAGCCUGUGAGCGAGGAACGAGAGAGCAGGGAAGAGAGAGAGAGGGAGAGAGAGAGGGAACGAUGGAAAGAAAGAGAGCGAGAUAGAU